GCGUGCACCGUCGGCUGGUACAGAUCAGCGCCAUAUUGACAAGAGGCGGCUGCUGUUUGGCGUGAAAUGGAUUUGUGGUGAACGUGCAGAGUGCAUCGGUGCAGUUUCCCGGAAACGAAGAAUCGGUAAGCAGCGACCCAAUGGUGGCGAGUGCUUGAUGGUACAGCGAGUCGUGUGCGCCGCCGGAUCGAGCCGUAACCUCAGCCCAGCGGACGGGACGGCGACUCGCCGCCCAUCGCCCCAAUCCUGUUAGCGGGGGCCGUGAAUGAGGCUUCCCCAAUCCGUUUACCCUAACAGGAUCAAAUCGAGCCCCCACGAGGUAUAAGAGCAUGCCGGCGGACCGACCCAAGCACCACACCCAGCCAACUGCGAUGGAAGGAAGUGUCUGUCUGUAGGUGUGUUUUGGUCUAGUCGGCGUGGAUGGUGGUAGCUAAGGGGGCCCAUCACCAAGAGCAUGACCAUGCAGUGCUGCCAAUCGGAUGAGGCUCGGGAACAGAAACGCAUCAACGCCGAAAUCGAAAAGCAGCUACGGCGAGAUAAGCGCGAUGCGAGGCGAGAACUCAAGCUUUUGCUUCUUGGUACUGGAGAAUCCGGAAAAUCUACAUUUAUUAAACAAAUGCGAAUCAUUCAUGGAGCUGGAUACUCCGACGAAGAUAAACGAGGAUUUAUCAAGCUGGUCUACCAAAACAUCUUCAUGGCUAUGCAGAGUAUGAUUAAGGCUAUGGAUUUGUUAAAAAUUCAAUAUGGCGAGUCUUCCAGUCCGGCAAAAGCCGACUUAAUAAAGGAUAUCGACUACGAAACCGUCACCACUUUUGAGAAUCCAUAUGUAGAUGCAAUUAAGGAUCUCUGGAAGGAUGCCGGAAUUCAGGAAUGUUACGAUCGCCGCAGAGAAUACCAGCUUACGGAUUCUGCAAAAUACUACUUGAUGGAGAUAGACCGGGUGGCGGCGCCGGACUACCUGCCAACAGAGCAGGACAUCUUACGUGUGCGAGUGCCCACCACAGGCAUCAUAGAAUAUCCAUUCGAUCUGGACGAGAUCAGGUUUAGCUAUCUUAGCGACCUGGAGCGAAUAAGAGCUCCUGACUAUCUGCCCACCGAACAGGACAUCCUCAGGGCGAGAGCGCCUACGACGGGCAUCAUAGAAUAUCCUUUUGAUCUCGACUCCAUUAUUUUUAGAAUGGUAGAUGUUGGAGGCCAAAGGUCUGAAAGAAGAAAGUGGAUUCACUGUUUCGAAAAUGUGACAUCCAUCAUCUUUCUAGUAGCUUUAAGUGAAUACGACCAGAUCCUUUUCGAAUCAGAAAAUGAGAAUCGUAUGGAAGAGUCCAAAGCACUCUUCAAAACCAUCAUAACAUACCCAUGGUUUCAGCAUUCGUCGGUCAUUUUAUUUUUAAAUAAAAAAGAUUUACUGGAAGAAAAAAUCAUGUAUUCACAUCUUGUAGAUUAUUUUCCAGAAUAUGAUGGCCUCCAACGAGAUGCGAUUGCAGCUAGGGAAUUUAUUCUUAGGAUGUUUGUCGACCUCAAUCCAGACAGUGAAAAAAUCAUAUACUCACACUUUACAUGUGCUACAGAUACGGAGAAUAUUAAACUUGUGUUUUGUGCUGUUAAAGAUACGAUUAUGCAGACAGCAUUGAAAGAGUUUAAUUUAGCUUAAGUUUUGCAUGGACGGUGUAGAGGAAGGGGACUUGAAUGUUCGCAUUAAGGUGACGGAAAUAUUUUGUAUUCUUGAGUGACUGUUCGUGUAUGUUGGUACCCAACUAACCGCCAUACAAUGCAAUUAAUUAAUAUGCCCGUAACUUGUAAAAUGUACAAAUUACAGUCAAUAUAACUAUAAUUCGCAUUUGCAACAGGGCGGGACGUUGAUGCGAUAUUUACUUGUUCAGGACAAGUAACGUAAAUACGAAUUCACAUAUUUGCAACAUUUGCAUAAAAAUCGAGAAUCUAUUUAUUAAUAAUUCUAUUUUAUUAAUGCUGUAACGUUAAAUAGAACAUUCAGAAAAUCAAAAAUGUAAUAGAAACUUGUAAUAAGCAAAACAAAAACAUUAUGCCUUCUAUAAAAAGGUGGGUAGUGCCACAUUUUGGACCUUUUCAUAUAUAUUACAAUUAACACGUUAAUUAUUAGUAGGACUGUUCCCAUAUAUGUAUACGCUACUAAACAUAUAUUUACAGGACAUUUUAAUAGUUCGUUUAAUAACUAAAAGGUACGCAACAUUUUUGUGGCAUAUAAUUCUAGUAUUUUAAAGUUCUAUUAUGUUGGUUGGGUGUAUUUAAAAGUGAUCAGUAGUGAAUAAACGCAAGAAAUUUUUGGACAUAAUUUGUGUAGAAAUUAUUUACUUGUAUGCAAGUAGUUGGCCUUAUGUUUAUUUAAAUAAAAUUUAUUGUUACAACACACUUUAUUCUUUAUAAAUUUUGAUACGUAUUCAAUAACUCUUUUUUCUGCAUUAAUUGUUAUGCUUCACUCUUCCACUACCACAAAAACAUCAUCGCUUUGGUUUCAGUGCCUGUCUUGUUCUUAAUAUCGUUGUUUUUCUUUCCUAUCGUCGUCGUGGUCUCAUUUAUAUGUACUUUAUAUUUUUGUAAUUUAAUCUAUUCACCUUACGUUUUUCAAGAGCGCUUAUGUCUUUUUUUCGGGUCAUGUUCCACAUCUCAUAUAGAUUUUCACUUGUAUUUUUAACUACGUGCGCAAUUUUCAUUAUAAAAUGUAAUUUCUUGGUUCUUCACGGCUUAUUUUCGGUCUGUGUUUAAUAAGUUAUACAGAGUUUUCUUGAUACAUUCCAAAACGGUUAGCUUUUUGACUGCAGUAAUUCUAUUAUAAUUGGAUUUUUACUGUAUCAAUGUUCACUGCUUGAAAUUGAUAAAAAACUUGCAUUAAUGAAAAUCGAAAAUGUCAAAACUUUUAUUUCUUCCAGUGCUUACGUUUUUCUCAGACCUUGUAAAUAAAAAAAUCUGAAAUACGGUCAAAUAUUCAAUAAAAUGAAAAUAAUGUUUCGUUUCAAUCUUAUCCAAAUAUUGUGAUUGAGUUAAAUUGUUCUUAGGUUUUCUGUAAAUGAGUACGAACUUGAUAAUAUUUAAAUAUCCUUUGUGUUCGAUAUCUUCUGACCACAAAUUAACAAAUAAAGUUCUUCCAUAACACUAUUACUGCACUACACUCAACGUUUCAUAAUUAAAUAUGGUUUGGACAAGUACUUUUUUAUAAUUAAAAUUUGUGUUAUCCAGGUGUGGAUGUGAAUGCAUGUACUAAUUAAAUUUAAAAUAUAAAAAGAGAACU